UCAGUUCGUUUUGGACCGUGGGUGGCUGUGGUCGUGAAGAUGGGUCGGAAGCCGAAGACCGGCCCCGUGCCGUCGAAAAUGAACUGUUUACUCAGAUAUAAAUACUUAGUGAUUGUCAUAGGUGUUCUACUAUUUCUGCAAGCUUAUCUAGCUUUCACGUUCUUCAAUAUUGAUAUUCACCCCGCUGAUUCAUAUCAAAGUGAAGAUGGAAGUUCAGUUUCAGUGGAGGAGCAGAAACAAGCGGCGCCCAUGCGGAGGAGCGUCUCCGCACCUGCUGAACCCUUCCCUGCUCACGGGCUGGGGGACGCGCUGCUCGCCCAGAUGGAGAAGGCCCGUCGCAACCACCUGACUCCUCUCAAACAACGCGAGCGGUACGCCAACCUGACGCGGCUCGACGUGGAGCAGCUGGGGUUCGAGCCCCGCUGUGCCAUCGACACGCGGGAGGUUAUCUCGGCUGUGAUGAGGGCGGAUACGGACGCCUGUAAGCGAGAGCUAGUCGAGUUCAGCUGCAAACUGAAGGAGGGGACCGCCUACCCGGCCCGACUGCCCAACUUCUGUCCGCACCAGGGUCACGAGUACGGUCGCCAGUUGGGCUGUUUCCAGGACAGCCGCACUAUGCGACUGUUGCCGUCUAUCAUGGGCGCUGUGAACGCGACAGAGGACUGCAUAGAAUACUGCGUCCGCGAGAGCUACGUUUACGCUGGCCUUCAGUACGGGAAGGAGUGCUGGUGUGGCAACAUGCAGCCGCCCAGUCGCGCCCUGAUGCCGCUGUCCGACUGUAACAUGCCGUGCCGCGGCGGAGACGGCAACUGCGGCGGCUACCUGCUCAUGAACGUCUACGAAACGGGCCGCGCAGUGUUCAAGCACGCGUUUUCCUCAGUCGAAGACUCUGACCUGGAGCCAGUGAGGAUCGUUUACCUGAUGACUCUGAACGGUCGGGACACGCGGCAGGCCAUCCGACUGCUGAAAAUGAUCUACAAUACAAACAACUACUACUUCAUACAUAUCGACUCGCGCCAGGACCACAUGUACCGCACUCUGCUGUCGCUGGAGACCCAGUUCACCAACGUGCGCCUGUCGCGGUGGCGGCGGGCGACCAUCUGGGGCGGCGCCUCGCUGCUCGAUAUGCUGCUCCACUGUAUGACCGAGCUGCUGACCCUCGACUGGCAGUGGGACUACGUGCUCAACCUCAGCGAGAGCGACAUGCCCGUCAAGCGGAUGGAGCGACUGACAGAGUUCCUGACGCGGAACAAAGGCAAGAACUUUUUGAAGUCACACGGACAGUCAAUUCCCAGUUUUAUCAUGAAACAGGGUCUGAAUCACUCGUUUUACGAAUGUGACCACCACCUCUGGCGGCUCGGCGGACGGAAGUUGCCGCGGGGCAUUGCCAUUGACGGCGGUAGCGACUGGGUGUGUCUGUACCGCGACUUUGUCCAGUAUGUGACGGGCAUGCAGGACGACCUGCUGACCGGCCUGAGGACCUUCUUCAACCACUCCCUGCUGCCUGCCGAGUCGUUUUUCCAUAUCGCGCUGCGUAACUCGGAGUUUUGCCACACUCUGGUGGACAACAACUUGCAUCUGACCAACUGGCGGCGCAAGCACGGCUGCCACUGCCAGCACAAGUACGCCGUUGACUGGUGCGGCUGCUCGCCCAACGACUUCCGCCCCACGGACAUGGAUAGGAUACAGCGGACCGAGUCUCGUGACCUGUUCUUCGCGCGCAAGUUCGAGUCCAUCAUCAGCCACGAGGCGGUGACCAUGGUGGAUAAGUGGGUGCACGGCCCGCUGCCGGCCGACCUGACCUCUCUACACCGUCACUGGGUGUGUCAGUAUCACCGGGAUGACCUGUCGGCUGCCGAUGACGCGGCACUGACGUUCUACAGGAGUGUGGCGAGACUGUCCGCCCAGCGACUCCGGGUUGGCGGCAGCAGAUGUGACCUACAAGUGGGGGACGUCGUUGCCGCCUUCGUCCACAAGAAGGACGACAACUUCAAGGGCACCGUGGUUCAGUUUGAGUUGCAGACCACCGACGGGCCGCUGGUUUUGGAGGCCCUGGUCAGUCCGCUGCCCACGCCGAUUAAAAGACUCAAGAAGGGCAGUGCCGAGGAUAGAUUAACGUCCAUGGACAUCAGCACUGAUUUUGACCAGAAGGAGGCCAUGUUCCGAAACUUUGGCCGCGUCAUGGGCGUCUUCGCCACGCCGGUCAUCAUGCACAGCUGGAGCGGCGGUCGGGCGCAGAACGUCACUGUGGCCUUCCAGGACCCGGCCGGUCAGGUGGCUCGCGCAGAGAGCUUCUCCCUCAACACAACAGAGGAGUCGCGCUCGGGAGUGACACGGCUGGCCGUGCGCCAACCGCUGCGGCCCGGCACGUGGCGCGUGCACGUGCUGGCCGACCACGUGCCCGUGGCACGUGCCGAGUUCCCCGUGUUGCCCCUGGAGGUGUUCAAGGCGCGGCCGGUGAACCGCGACCAGGCAAAAGUGCUACACUCGGGCCCGUCUCAGGCCUACUCGGAGCAGCGCGUGGUGACGGCCCUGCAGCGGAUUCUGGGCGGCGCCGAUCAGCCGGCGGAGCUGGCAGCCGCCACGGCCGCCGCCGAGAGGCACGGGGAACAGCUCACCGAGUGGACCGACAGCAUAGUCAGACGGCACUUCUCCCUGGAGUCGCUAUGUCUGGCGUCCGCUCCGCCUCCGUCCUCCGGCUGCCUGGCCCCCCUGCCGAGGUCAUGUCGUGACACCGACUGGUCGUCGCUGACCCCUGACCCCAAGGCCGAGCUGCACGGUAUAGAGCCGGGCGGUCGACUGCGGAGAGUUCCAGAGGAGCCGAGCAGCCAGACACACCAGCACACGGGACUCUGAUAUGAUGAGAGGGAGGGGACGCGGGGGUAUAGGGGUGACGGAUAACGAGGGUGUAACACCAAUGUUCUGACGGUCCGGUGUUAGUCUGGGCAUGAGUCUCUGCUGGGCUAGGAUCUGGUUCGGUAUUUGGGUCAGGACCGGCUGUCUUUUGAUCCAUGACUGGCGUCUGUCGUUUGUCCAGGGUUUGGGAAAGUUCCGGGACUGGGUCGAUUGGAACGUUACCCUUCUUGCCCUUCUUAGAUGGAGACAUGAGGCGAAGCAUUUGACAGCAGGAUGGGUUGUUACUUGAAGUGUCGUGCUCGAAUGACCACGAAAAGGUGCAAGUAAUCAGUAGGUAUCACAAAUUCCCUAUGUGACUCCAAGUAUGUGCAGAUAUAUACCUCUGUAUUCCCGGCUACACCCCCGUAUACAGAGCGCUCUAUUGCACAGACAUGAGCAAUAAUGUUCUAUUUGGAUGGCGGCCGUGAGGCCUGACCUGACCUGACCUUAACGCGUCCGGGCGCUGUGCUCACACAUAUCCACACCCGUGUAGUCUCAUAGGACCCCCUCUCGGCCCCAGUCCGUCCUUACCCCUCCCCUCCUUACACCCUUACCCCUAUGGCAUACUCAAGGUCAGUUAUAUACGGGCGCUUCGGAAAUCGUAGGAGGAUAUUCGAUUUUCGAUGAGAGAUGAGUGGAUGAACUGAGAUUUUACUCUUUUUCCUUGACGCGUUGGUUUAGGUUGUGACCCCCUGAGAUCAAGUAGUUUUUUUUUCCUGCGUCGUUUUUUAUCUACCUGGUGAUCACACGUUGGAUUCUGGUGAUGUUGCAUGGAUUUUAUCAUUUGCUUAUUUGUCUUACAAAAGUGGACAAUAUUUCAAAUGCAGGUGUCACAAAAGCAAACAUGCUUGACCGGUGUCACAAAUGUGGACGAUAUUUUAUGGCAGGGUGACGAUGUAUUCGUAUAUUGUGUUUGUGCUUGUGCUGUAUAUUUUUCCUUUGAAAGCUUAUGACGAUAUGCUACAUUUUCAGCGGGCAUUUCUGUCCUGACGAAACACUUCUGAUCUGAACAGAGGUAGUUUUACAGUUUUAUUUUUGACGCGACUCUCAUAAUCUAUGUGGCGUGUCUCUUUAUAUGUUUUUACUUGACGACGUCAUGACCGAAAGCCUCUUUAGGUUGGCUCGAAUGAUGCUACUACUAACUAGCUUGCCCCUUUUUCGCUGAUGGUCCCUCGUUACUCCCUACCCUUUCACUGGUCCGUUGUUCAUACUGUUGUACAUACAUAUCGCGCAGUUGACCCCCACUGUUGUCGCCCAAGUACUCAUAUUUACACCACUGAGGGCCGACGCUUUGUCCGUCUCUAUUAGCCUCGAGCGAGGGUACUUUGUCCAGCCCUAUCGGUGUUCGAACGCACCGCGGGGAACUCGCUCUGUUGUUAACUCACUUGUUAUCAGUUUAUCACGAAUGGCGCGUGCGUGCGAAUGUUUAGUGCUUCGACUUGUGAUGAGGUUGUUGGAGAGAAAGAUGGUCGCUAAAGAUUCUGAUAUUCCGUAUCGCGUCUUACUGUGGUGGUAUUGAGGGCAGGACACCAUCGUUAGGUGUAACUUGGACACCGUAUUUAGGUGUAACUGGGAAAGGUCGGCGAUCAGUGGACUCGAGACUGAUUAUGCGUUGGUUGUGCAUGGUUCGUACCCCUUCUCCCCGGCCAGGACAUGCUACACCGUCCAGACGUUGUAUGUCCCCCUUUAUGGCGAGGUCACAGGCUCAGAAUGUUGUAUAUUUACAUAAUGUGCAUUCGGUGAAAUUAUUUACGUGCAGAUUUCUGACUAUGUUGUCCAUUUAGCGACUUGUAUUUUAAGUAUAAGGUUUUAUUGGCUGAGCCGUC